CGUGUAUAUCAAACCAUGCAACAUUGGUAGAGGUUUAUUUUUAGAGGGCUUCAUAGUCGAAAUAGGUGUAUCCCAAUGACAGCAUUGUAAGGUAGCUGAAAUUUUCUCGUUUUCUUGUGUUAUAAUGCACAGAAAAGGUAAAGAAAUAUGUGUUCAUGUUUCACAUAAGCAUUGAAUGAUGGGCAACAUUCCAAAAAAAGUGCAGUUCACCUUUAACUGAGGCAAGUGAGUCCUGCAUUUUUUCGGUUGUUGUUAUGGGGCCUUUUUUAACCUCUUCGAUGAGUUGUUGCUGCGCUCAUGGGGUAAUUUUGGUUGGUCGGCCAUUCAUGAGAAAGUUUACCACUGUUCAAUGUUUUCGCUAUUGUGGAUAAUGGCUCUUGCUGUGGUUCGCUGGUGUCCCACAUUUUUAGAAAUGAUGGGGGGGCGGGGGGCACAGUACAUUUUUUAAUCCUUUAAUAAUGUUUCAUUUAAAAACUACGUACAUGUUUUGUUCAUCUGUGUUGUCAUUGAGUAAUAUUUAAAUGUGUUUGAUGACCAUUGUGUAUUACCCCUUUUAUGAAGACACAAGCAGGCAACAGCCGUCAUAUUCUCUAUUUGGUGUUUCCGGAUGACAACACAAUUAAUUUUAGUCACAUGUUUAACACAGUGGAUAUUGCAUUGACGUUUUCUGACGUUGUCCCCGGAGCAAUUUAGCAACACUGACCAUUUUUUUUUGCAGGGACGUGCAAAUGGCACUGUAUUUAGAGAUGGAUAUUGACAAAGUAUUCGACAUGUCCUAUUUGUUUUAUCCAACACUUAGUUGAUAUUUCUCUGUUGUGAACAAAACUGACUUGUGUGUUCUUUUUGUGGGUGGAAGUGUAGUGGUGUCAGAUGAUGAGAAGGGCGGGAGUAUUACAUUUCAUCAUGCUGUUUAUGACGCCUGGGCGUGUGUGUUUGUAGAGAGCGACACCGCUGACGUCUCCAGACUCUGGUGUAAAGUACUCUGGAGUCCAUACAGGAGGAAAACACAACUCUGCUGUUCCUUUUAAUGCGACCGCCUCCCGUGGCUCCUAAACAUCAAGCAGCUGUUGAGUGGUCAAACACUAGCCUGGGAUAAUACACAUUUUCUUCCUGCUCUUUUCCGGAUAUAUUUGUUGCUUGUUGGCGUCCGUCGCUCCCUCUUGCAUCUUGCGCCCCCAACUGCACUGUGAACGAAGCUACAGAUGACGUGCGUGUGUUUACCCGAGCGCGCCUGCUGCCGGGACGGUGUUUCUCGAAGUUGUGCUGUUGCUAUUAAUACCGCCGAAUGAACUUAAUCCUUAAGGCGGCUGCUCUUCUCACGUCUCGUGCAUUCGCUGUUCGAGGGUGGGAGGGAAGCAGGAGGAGGCGUGGCGAAGGGGGCGCGCUGCUGUUCGACACUUUGCGCACCGCAGUUCCUCCCUCUUCCGUGAGCGCCGCUCCACCGAACGGACGAAACAGAAAGCAUUUCAGUUUUUAAAUUUCGUUUCUCCCUAACUGAUCCCUGACCAUCCCCUUUAGAACAAUGCUGCGGUCUUUUGAUGUGCACCACACAUGCCGCAGAGUGUAAACAUAAAGUGAGUGUACAGUACCUGUUAAAUAGAAUUAAAAGUCCAACCAAGUAGUGGUGGUGGAAGCCUCCUUCCUCUCUACCCAUGAGCUCUCUACCAAAUUACUCAGGGGCCAGAAUAUCUGGUUGCUGGACACUGAGAUCUGAUGGCCGUGGGGCUGGUGAGGGCUCACUUGACCGCCUCCUUCCCUCAGUAAGCCCAGGCCUUUCACCCCGAAAAAGGACCACCAGUCAGUGCAAGUCUGAGCCACCUCUCCUCCGUACCUCCAAGCGCACCAUCUACACCGCUGGGCGCCCCCCCUGGUACAAUGAACAUGGCACCCAAUCCAAAGAGGCCUUUGUCAUUGGUCUGUGUGGUGGCAGUGCUUCAGGGAAGACUACUGUUGCUAGAAAAAUCAUCGAAGCUCUAGAUGUUCCAUGGGUUGUCCUUCUUUCCAUGGACUCCUUUUACAAGGUCCUCUCCUCAGAACAACAGAGUCGGGCUGCCAGUAACGACUACAACUUUGACCACCCCGAUGCCUUUGACUUUGAUUUACUGACGCACACAGUGCGCAAACUCAAGCAGGGCAAGAGUGUGAAAAUCCCUGUGUAUGACUUCACAACUCAUGGAAGACAGAAGGACUGGAAAACGGUGUAUGGAGCCAGUGUGAUCAUCUUUGAGGGGAUCAUGGCCUUUGCAGAUAAGGAGCUUUUGCAGUUGCUGGACAUGAAGAUCUUUGUGGAAACUGACUCGGACAUCAGACUUGUGCGACGGCUGAGGAGGGACAUAACUGAGAGAGGCCGGGACAUUGAGGGCGUCAUCAAACAGUACAACAAGUUUGUCAAACCGGCCUUUGAGCAGUACAUUGAGCCCACCAUGCGCCUGGCUGAUAUUGUGGUGCCCCGUGGUGGCGGCAACAUGGUUGCCAUUGAUUUGAUAGUGCAGCACGUUCACAGUCAGCUAGAGGAGCGUGAGCUCAGUGUCAGGGCAGCCUUGGCCUCCGCUCACCAAGCCCAACCCCUCCCCCAGACUCUUAGCGUUCUGGAGAGUACACCCCAGGUCAGGGGCAUGCACACCAUCAUCAGAAACAAGGAAACCAGCCGAGAUGAGUUCAUCUUUUACUCCAAGAGGUUGAUGCGUCUGUUGAUUGAGCGAGCGCUGUCCUUCCUCCCUUCACAGCUCCAUAUAGUCCAGACCCCCCAAGGAGAAGAUUAUGAAGGCAGGACUUUCCACGGGAAGAGGAUCACUGGUGUGUCCAUCUUACGAGCCGGAGAGACCAUGGAGCCAGCUCUGAGGGCCGUGUGUAAGGAUGUCCGCAUCGGAAAAAUCCUUAUCCAGACCAACCAGGACACAGGAGAGCCAGAGGUCCAGCUUCACUACUUGCGUCUCCCCAAAGAUAUAAGCGAAGAUCAUGUGAUUCUGAUGGACUGCACUGUGUCCACUGGCGCUGCAGCCAUGAUGGCCGUUCGAGUCCUGCUGGACCAUGAUGUACAAGAGGACAAGAUCCUCUUGGUCUCUCUGCUAAUGGCUGAAAUGGGGGUCCAUUCAGUGGCCUACGCCUUCCCACAGGUCAAGAUCAUCACCACAGCAGUUGACAAGAAGGUCAACGAUCUAUUCCACAUCAUACCUGGCAUUGGAAACUUUGGGGAUAGAUACUUUGGAACCGAUGCACCUCCUGAUUGGAGCGAUGAAGAUAUGGACGAGCCCAGUUACUGAUUCUUCAUGAAUCACUGGCCAUGCACUAGCUCAUCAGCAUGAUGUAACGCACUGACAAUGUACAGUUUUUAUCAUGCAGCUUUUAAAUUAUUUGAUGUAUUGUCAUAUGAAACAUAUUUUUGUACAGUAGGUUUUGCUUUGCUGUUUAACUGGCUUGGCCUUAAAAGUGCAAUACUGUGGAUGACAUAAUGAAUGUGCAAAAUUAAACACACCAUGGAAGACAAAUUUACACUUUACACUUUAUCUGCCUUUAUCUGCCAUGUGCAGCACUCUAGUAACUAGCACCAGGCACUUUCCAUUCAAAACUCAUUAAAACGGAAAAUAUGUCAGUAAUGUAAGUUGUUUUUUUAUGGUUCGCGUUCAAACCUCAACAUUGGUGUCAAAUGUUGCAGUGUGCAGAAACAUGGACGUAAGUCACAGACACAGACCUUUGGUUCUGUUGCGUGAAUUGUACAUUUCACUCUGUAGCAUCCAAUCCAUUGUCUGUCAUAUCGUGUUGCAGUGUUAGUGCGCCACUGCUGUGCACUGUAGCAGUAUCGAAAAAAAAAACAGUCUAAAUCCUAUAAUGUGCAGACUGCGAUCAAGCUACUAUACACGUUUCUCACAGCUAAAUGCGACUAUUAGCACAUUUGUUCAUUUGUUCAUUCAUAUGUGUGCAGUUUCUGAUGCAUGUUUUUUAUAUGUUCAAUAAAAGUGCAAUGGUGUUUGUUAUGA